GGGGCGGGGCAGUGCGCGCGCUGAGCCAGCAGCUGGAGCGGCCGAGGGGAGCGGCCCGGCGGCUGGCGGGCUCUGUCCGCCAUGGAGGCCGUGCCCCGCAUGCCCAUGAUCUGGCUGGACCUGAAGGAGGCCGGCGACUUCCUCUUCCAGGCGGCUGUGAAGAAGUUUGUCCUGAAGAACUAUGGAGAGAACCCCGAAGCCUACAACGAGGAGCUGAAGAAGCUGGAGCUGCUCAGACAGAGCGCCGUCCGGGUCCCACGGGACUUUGAGGGCUGCAGCGUCCUCCGCAAGUACUUGGGCCAGCUCCACUACCUGCAGAGCCGGGUCCCCAUGGGUUCAGGCCAGGAGGCUGCUGUUCCUGUCACCUGGACCGAGAUCUUCUCGGGCAAGUCUGUGGCGCACGAGGACAUCCACUACGAGCAGGCCUGCGUCCUCUACAACCUGGGUGCACUGCACUCCAUGCUGGGAGCCAUGGACAAGCGGGUGUCUGAGGAGGGCAUGAAGGUCUCCUGUACGCACUUCCAGUGUGCAGCAGGCGCCUUUGCUUACCUGCGGGAGCACUUCCCUCACGCCUACAGCGUCGACAUGAGCCGCCAGAUCCUCACUCUCAAUGUCAACCUCAUGCUGGGCCAGGCUCAGGAGUGCCUUCUGGAGAAGUCGAUGUUGGACAACAGGAAGAGCUUCCUGGUGGCCCGCAUCAGCGCCCAGGUGGUGGAUUACUACAAGGAGGCCUGCCGGGCCUUGGAGAACCCUGACACCGCCUCACUGCUGGGCCGGAUCCAGAAGGACUGGAAGAAGCUGGUGCAGAUGAAGAUCUACUACUUUGCGGCUGUGGCUCAUCUGCACAUGGGGAAGCAGGCUGAGGAGCAGCAGAAGUUCGGGGAGCAGGUCGCGUACUUCCAGAGUGCCCUGGACAAGCUCAGUGAAGCCAUCAAGUUGGCCAAGGGCCAGCCUGACACGGUGCAAGAUGCACUUCGCUUUGCUAUGGACGUCAUUGGAGGAAAGUACAAUUCUGCCAAGAAGGACAAUGACUUCAUCUACCACGAGGCUGUCCCGGCCCUGGACACCCUUCAGCCUGUGAAAGGUGCCCCCUUGGUGAAGCCCUUGCCAGUGAACCCCACAGACCCAGCUGUCACAGGCCCUGACAUCUUCGCCAAGCUGGUCCCCAUGGCUGCCCAUGAAGCCUCGUCACUGUACAGUGAGGAGAAGGCCAAGCUGCUUCGAGAGAUAAUGGCCAAGAUUGAGGACAAGAAUGAGGUGCUGGACCAGUUCAUGGAUUCAAUGCAGCUGGAUCCCGAGACAGUGGACAACCUGGACAUGUACAACCACAUCCCGCCCCAGCUCAUGGAGAAGUGUGCAGCUCUCAGCGUCCGGCCCGACACUGUCCGGAACCUCGUCCAGUCCAUGCAAGUGCUGUCAGGUGUGUUCACGGACGUGGAGGCCUCACUGAAGGACAUCAGGGACCUGCUGGAGGAGGAUGAGCUGCUAGACCAGAAGUUGCAGGAGGCAGUGGGCCAGGCAGGGGCCAGUGUGGCCGGUUCCCAGGCGGAGCUGGCAGAGGUGAGGCGAGAAUGGGCCAAGUACAUGGAGGUCCACGAAAAGGCCUCCUUCACGAACAGUGAGCUGCACCGCGCCAUGAACUUGCACGUUGGCAACCUCCGCCUGCUCAGUGGGCCUCUGGACCAGGUCCGGGCUGCCCUGCCCACACCAGCCCUCACCCCAGAGGACCAGGCCGUGCUGCAGAACCUGAAGCGCAUCCUGGCCAAGGUGCAGGAGAUGCGGGACCAGCGCGUGUCUCUGGAGCAGCAGCUGCGGGAGCUCAUCCAGAAGGACGACAUCACCGCCUCGCUGGUCACCACGGACCGCUCCGAGAUGAAGAAGCUGUUCGAGGAGCAGCUGAAGAAGUACGACCAGCUGAGGGUGUACCUGGAGCAGAACCUGGCUGCCCAGGACAACGUCCUCCGCGCGCUGACCGAGGCCAACGUGCAGUAUGCGGCCGUGCGCCGGGUGCUCAGCGAGCUGGACCAGAAGUGGAACUCCACGCUGCAGACCCUGGUGGCCUCCUACGAAGCCUAUGAGGACCUGAUGAAGAAGUCCCAGGAGGGCAAGGACUUCUAUGCGGACCUCGAGAGCAAGGUGGCCGCUCUGCUGGAGCGGGCCCAGUCCACCUGCCAGGCCCGUGAGGCUGCCCGCCAGCAGCUCCUGGACAGGGAGCUGAAGAAGAAGCCACCCCCACGGCCCACAGCCCCCAAGCCGCUGCUGCCCCGCAGGGAGGAGGGUGAGGCUGGGGAGAUGGGAGACCCGCCCGAGGAGCUGCGCAGCCUGCCCGACGCCUUCCUGGGAGCGGCCGCCACACUCCGCUUGGCUCCGGUCUCCUUCCCUGGCCCUGCGGGCGCGGGACCCCACUAUCUCUCGGGCCCUUUGCCCCCAGGCAGUUACUCAGGACCCACCCAGGUGAUGCAGCCCAGGGGCCCCCAGGCUCCGGGGCCCACUGCGAUGGCCGUGGCGCCUGGACCCCCCAUCUACGCGGCGCCUGUCUACACACCAGAGCUGGGCCUCGUGCCCCGCUCCUCCCCUCAGCACGGCGUGGUGGGCACGCCCUAUGGGGCCAUAGGCCCACACCCCCCAGCUGCAGGCCUGCCCUCCGCCCCCCCACCCCAGUUCUCGGGCCCCGAGUUGGCGAUGGGGGUCCGGCCAGCCACCACCACGGUAGAUAGUGUCCAGGCACCCAUCUCCAGCCACACAGCACCCCGGCCAAGCCCCACCCCUGCUCUUCCCCAACCCUGCUUCCCAGUACCCCCACACCAGCCACUGUCCAUGCCGUACACCUAUCCUCUGGGGCCUAAGCAGCCCCUCACAGCACCCCCAGCCCAGCACCACUUUCCUCCUGGGAUCCCCACGGGGUUUCCAGCCCCGAGGAUAGGGCCUCAGCCCCAGCUUCAUCCCCCACGGGCAGCAUUUGGGCCCCAGCCCCCCCAGCAGCUCCCCCAGCAGCCCCUGCCACUCCAGCAUCCCCACCUCUUCCCAUCCCAGGCUCCAGGGCUCAUGACUCCCCCACCCCCCUACUCCUUCGCCCCUCAGCCUGCUGUCCUGGGGCAGCCACCACCACCUCUACACUCCCAGCUCUAUCCAGGCCCCUCUCAGGAACCCCUGCCCCCUCACUCUGGGGCUCUGCCUUUCUCCAGCCCUGGGCCCCCUCAGCCUCCCCAUUCCACCCUGGCCUAUGGUCCUGCCCCUUCCCCCCGGCCCCUGGGCCCCCAGGCAACCCCUCUCUCCAUUCAAGGCCCCUCACCUGCCAGCCAGGCCACCCCUAGUCCCCACCUGGUGCCUUCACCUGCCCCUUCACCAGGGCCUGGCCCAGUACCUCCUCGGCCCCCUGCGACAGACCCGCCCCCAUGCCUGCGCCGGGGGACUGUGGCUGCAGACCUGCUCUCCUCCAGCCCUGAGAGCCAGCAUGGUGGCACCCAGCCUCCCGGGGGUGGGCAGCCCCUACUGCAGCCGACUAAGGUGGACGCGGCCGAGGGCCGGCGGCCACAGGCCCUGCGGCUGAUUGAGCAGGACCCCUAUGAGCGUCCUGAGAGGCUGCAGCAGUUGCAGCAAGAGCUGGAGGUCUUUCGGGGCCAGCUGGGCGAUGCCGGGGCCCUGGAUGCCGUGUGGCGGGAGCUGCAGGACGCACAGGAACAUGACGCCCGUGGCCGCUCCAUCGCCAUUGCCCGCUGCUACUCGCUGAAGAACCGGCACCAGGACGUCAUGCCGUAUGACAGCAACCGCGUGGUGCUGCGCUCGGGCAAGGACGACUACAUCAACGCCAGCCGCGUGGAGGGGCUCUCCCCAUACUGCCCGCCCCUGGUGGCCACCCAGGCCCCGCUGCCGGGCACAGCUGCCGACUUCUGGCUCAUGGUGCAUGAGCAGAAAGUGUCGGUCAUUGUCAUGCUGGUGUCUGAGGCAGAGAUGGAGAAGCAAAAGGUGGCUCGCUACUUCCCCACCGAGAGAGGCCAGCCCAUGGUGCACGGCGCCUUGAGCCUGGCACUGAGCAGCGUCCGCACCACUGAGACCCACGUGGAGCGGGUGCUGAGCCUGCAGUUCCGCGACCAGAGCCUCAAGCGCUCCCUCGUGCACCUCCACUUCCCCACCUGGCCCGAGCUAGGCCUGCCCGACAGCCCCAGCAACCUGCUGCGCUUCAUCCAGGAGGUGCACGCGCACUACCUGCACCAGCGGCCCCUGCACACGCCCAUCGUCGUGCACUGCAGCUCCGGGGUGGGCCGCACAGGAGCCUUCGCGCUGCUCUACGCGGCCGUGCAGGAGGUGGAGGCGGGGAACAGGCUCCCCGAGCUGCCCCAGCUGGUGCGGCGCAUGCGGCAGCAGAGGAAGCACAUGCUGCAGGAGAAGCUGCACCUCCGGUUCUGCCACGAGGCGGUGGUGAGACACGUGGAGCAGGUCCUGCAACGCCAUGGCGUGCCCCCACCCUGCAGGCCCUUAGCGGGCACAGGCGUCAGCCAGAAGAACCACCUCCCUCAGGACUCCCAGGACCUGGUCCUCGGGGGGGACGUGCCCAUCAGCUCCAUCCAGGCCACCAUCGCCAAGCUCAGCAUCCGGCCGCCCGGGGGCCUGGAUUCCCCAGUGGCCUGCCUGCCGGGCCCUGUGGAGCCCCCAGGCCUGCUGCCAGCCAGUCUCCCGCAGUCCACCCAGCUCCCCUCCUCCUCCCCACCGCCCCUCCCUUCACCCCUGCCCGAGACACCCCAGCCUGAGGAGGAACAGCCCGUUCCUGAGGUCCCCAGCCUGGGGCCCCCCUCCUCCUCCCUGGAGCUGCUGGCCUCCCUCACCCCGGAGGCCUUCUCCCUGGACAGCUCCUUGCGGGGAAAGCAGCGGAUGAGCAAGCAGAACUUCCUGCACGCCCACAACGGGCAGGGGCUGCGGGCUGCCCCGCCCGCCGACGACCCCCUCAGCCUUCUGGAUCCACUCUGGACGCUCAACAAGACCUGAGCAGGCUUUGCCCGCCUGGUCCUCACACUACAUCGUCUCGCCCGCCGCCCACCUGCCCGCGCCCAGCAGGGCCUCCCGAGGUGGCCGGUCUCUUCCUCCUGUCCUUGCUGCCUUCAGCCCUUCUGGUCCAGCCCGCACCCCUAUGGGGUGCAGACGUGUCGCAGGCCUUAGGCCUUAGGCAGGUCCUGCUACUGUGGGACCUGAUGUUUUUCCAGCUCUUUGCUGCUGAAGGAAUAAACCAACCUGUCUGUG